UUGAACGGAAGUUACGUUUAUACAUAAACAUCGUGGCGAGAGAAAGAAGUACCUCGUCGAUGAAAAAACCCAAUAUUGAAAAAAAAAAGGAAAUGGCUAGAAGACGCGAUUCAUCCUCCAAUGUCGUAAAAUUCAUGCCUCCAACACUAGUAAACUGCAGUACGAGCUGCUCCGAUCUAGAUCUAGAAGAAAAUGAACACAUCAGCAUAUCACUAGCAACACAAACAAUGUCAACAAACGACUGCGCCGUCAAACAAACAAGCAGAUCUCAAAAGAAAGAACAACAUCCUGCACAACACUCACUGAUGGAUAUAAGCCAGGUUGUAAACGAUUUGGAAAGGGAGGUCCUGAAAUUAAAAGAAAUGAUUAGUGCAUGUCUGAAAGAGGAGGAGGCUGAAAGGAGAGAUUGCAAAUUUAAAAAACCUAAAGUGUCGUCUGUGACCAUAUCAAUUGACUGUUUUGCCUCUACUUCAGUAGAAGAUGAUAUAACAAGGCUAGAAAAUGAAGGUGUGGAAUGUUGUCAUGGUGUAGAUGAAUCACAUGAUGAUAUCAGCUCUGACCAAAAAAAAGACAGGGUCAGACAUCGAAGUAAAUCUGAACCACUUCUAACUAGAAAUAAGUCUCAGCAUAAAGCAAACACCUACACCAGUGAAGACCAGCCCUUUGAGGACUUGUUGUGCGUUAGUACUAAUUACAGUGAGUCAGAGAUAAAGAACAGAUUCAAUGUUAGAGAAAAUAACGAGAAAACGGUCAGACAGCAAAGUAAAUCUGAACCACGACAAACUCGAAAUACGUCGCAGCAUAAAGCAAACACCUACACCAGUGAAGACCAGCCCUUUAAGGACUUAUUCUACGAUUUUACCAGCAGUGAGUCCGAGAUAGAAAACAGAUUCAAUGUUAAAGACAAUAAGAAGAAAACGAUCAGAUAUCGAAGUAAAUCUGAACCACGACAAACUCGAAAUACGUCGCAGCAUAAAGCAAACACCUUCACCAGUAAAGAAGAUCAGCCCAUUAUUGACUUGUUCUGCCACGAUUCAUACACGCCAACGAGCAUAGAAAGUGGGCAGUUCAUUAAAUGCCACCCAUCUAGCGAGCAGCAAGCGUGCAUAAAAAAUCAAAAUCUAAAAACAUAUAAACCAAAGAAAAAUCUACGAAGCUGGGAUCUCUACUACUGAUUGCGAAGAAAGUAGCAAAACCGAAUAACUAGCUGAGAAGACGUAUUUUAUUAGUAGUUGUCUUUUUAUCCGUAUCAUUAUCACUCAUAACAUUUUUAAACUAGAAAAAUGUGUGAUAGUCAAGCCUUGCGGAAAGUCCCUCACCAUCUCACACCACCGCAUCCACACACCACCCUACCACUCCCACACAUGACACUACCUCAUUCCCGCACCACCCCACCUUACCAACACUUUAUCCCACCACAUCCACCAAUCACCCUACCACUUUCGCACAUAACUACACUACAUCCACACACCACUCCACUACAUCCCCACACCACUCCACUACAUCUACACACCACUCCACUACAAAUACACAUCACUCUACUACAAAUACACAUCACUCCACUACAUCUACACAUCACUCUACUACAUCUACUCAUCACUCCACUACAAAUACACAUCACUCCACUACAUCUACACAUCACUCCACCGUAUUUUGCACACAUCACUACAUCCACACAUCACCUCACCACAACCUCAUCCAAACAUUAACUCACAUCCACCUUCCACUACACAUCAUUCCUACAUCAUCCACUCCACCACACCCACCCACACAUCCUUCCAUCACAUCCACAAGCCACUUCUCCAAUUCCGCACAACAUUACAUGCAGAGGUUGGGCUUUUUCCAAGUAAAUUCAGCUCGGAUGGACCUUUACUUGUGUGAGGAUUUUGACUUGGUGUUAACAUUCAAUGCGGAUGUUGCUUCGCUAUAUAUUCUGAAACACGAGAGUGCCAUCCCAGUAACUACGUCAUCCCUGAUCACAUGAAAAUCUGGGACAAUAUCAAAGUUCAAAGACUCGCUCUGAAAGUCUCAAGUGGAGUCGACCCUGGGCCGGUGUGUCUUCACUGCAGGCUCGUCCCCAGUGAAUGUGUCAAGUCUUUUAUAAUGACUAAACCAGUGCUUGGAGAUCGUUGAUCAGUUCGCCAUCUUGUGUUGAUACCCUGUCUCUCAGAUGAUAUGUAAUAUUCGCUCACUCGCUGACAAAUAAAAGGAAAAUCAUCGAAA